AUGGCUGAUCCCGCCACCAAAGAAUGCUAUGCUGGAUCCGAUUAUAAUGUAGCCUUAACUUCUCUUGCUACCGCACAUCCCCUCGCCUUCUUCACACUGCCUCUUAUACCAACUGUCGCUUUGUCUUCCAUUGGUACCUACCGAGAACUUGGCCUCCCUCUCAAGGCAAUUGCCGAGUAG